GUUGUUUUAAUAAUAGAAAAACAAUAUGCCGAAAGUUGUAUCACGUAGCAUUGUCUGCUCAGAUACAAAAGAUCAAGAGGAAUAUAACGAAGAGAAACCGUUAAACAUAUACUAUUGCUUGUGUAGCAAAAUGUCGCUGAUUUUGGAUUGCACAUUAGAACAGUUGCCGUUGCGCGAGGCAGACAAUGCUCGUGUUAUUGAUGCCAAUGAGCACGCUAAUAAGCUGACCUACAACCCAACGCCUAAGAUGAUCUACAUACGACGCAAAGGAAAGGGCAUUGAAAAGCAGUACCGCUAUAAUUGUCGCAACUGUAAUCUGCCAUUGUACUAUCGCCAUGAUUCCGACUCCCAUGUGACCUUUGUCAUGAACAAUGCCUUGCAUAAGAAUAAAGGAGAAAAACCGCUCGCCCAGCUUCUGGCAGCGGAGGCAAAAGCCAAAGCAGGUAACAACAAAAACUUCAUCAGCAAUAUCAGCACAACCCAUGUGGCAACGGCUCCAACAUUAAUGGCAGCAACAGUUUCUCCCAGCGGCCAGGAUUCCGGCAUUGUGGAUGCCAGUGGCAAAAAAGUUAUGGUCACGCGCCACACCAAGAAUAUGGGCAAAUUUAGCUCGGUAACCGUAUCCACAAUAGACGAGGAAGAGGAUGAAAUUGAGGCGCGUGAGAUCGCCGAUAGCUAUGCAAACAACGCCCGUAUCAUUGAGAAGCAACUGCAACGCAAAGGUGGCAAACUGACGGAUCUUGGUGCGAAGCCCAAGGGCGAAGAAAUCGCGCCUCCACAGAAAAAGCAACGAGGCACGCUGCUGGAGAGAUAAUUCGUAUUAAUAGUGAAUG